AUGGCUGACCCACGAUCCCCCGGUUCGAGGUCUCCUGUUUCAUUCAAUCGGUCUCCUUAUGAUCCAAGAUCACCUCCUCCUCCAAGGUCUCCCCGAUCUCCUCCUCCCCCACCACGAAGACCUUCCAAUCUUGUCCACCACGGCUCAUCCUCCGACCAACGUCUCGGCCACCUCAUCGCCUACGGCACUCUCCCACCCGACCCUUCCGCUGAGCUACCAGACAUCCAACAUGUCGAGCCCUCACCAGAACCCCCCGAACCAUCCAAGCCGACAAGCCCGAGCUCCCGCGCGCUCCCACCCGAUCUGCUCCGCGGUCUCUUGAUGCUCCUCAUGGCCAUGGACCACAUGGGUCUCGCCCUCAACAGCUGGUCCCACGGCACCGGCCGAGAGACCGAGAUGGACGGCCUGCCCAUCAAGGAAUGGAACACAGACUUCGCAUACUUUAUCCGCACGCUUACACAUCUCUGCGCGCCGGGUUUCACGCUGCUUUUGGGUGUGGGAGUGGUGUACCUCGGACGAUCUCGCACGAAGCUCGGCUGGUCCAAGUUGCGAAUCGCGCGGUACUUUGCUGUGCGCACGGGAGUCUUGAUCCUGGCAAACUUUGUCAUGGGCUUCGUUAUGACGCUGGGCAAGGUGUGGCUCAUGAACGCCGUCUUGUUCUCGCUCGCCAUCGAUUACUUCCUUGCUGGUAUGCUGUGGUUGGCGAUUGACUCGACAGAGCCUCUUCUGGCCAGCGCUCUUGCUCGCUUCUUCCCUGAGGAGGAAGAUGAUGAGGAGAAUGAAGCACUGUUGGGAGGUUCACCCAUCAAGAAGACAAGCCGCGCAGAGAGCAUCUCAUGGCAUGCGCACAAUGUUCUUCUUGCAGCGCUUGGUUUGGUGACCAUCUGGUGGAACAUCUGGUUGUCUCCAACCCACGGUCACUGCGAGAUCCAGGACCACGCAACGAUCCAUUCUAGCGACAACAACGGCGGUCCUUCCGAUGGCCCUGCUGUAUCCCACAAUCCCUGGUUCGGCCUCUGGUUCUGGACCACUAUUACACCGCGCGUCAUGUCCGUCUUCCCACCCAUGGCAUGGGUAUCCUUCGCCAUCCUGGGACUGCUGUACGGCCGCAUCGACGUCAUGAAGACAUGGAACGCUCGAGUUUCUUCUCUGUGCCAUUUCGUCGCAGGCCUGUUCUUCUUCCUCCUCUUUGUCUUGACGCGCGUCGCGCACUUUGGCAACCUCUCCGAAGGAUGUCUCCAGACGCCCGCUCACGUCGACCACCCCGACCGCAACCAGUACCUUGUCUCGGUCCAGUCCUUCUUCUACAUCAUGAAGUACCCUCCUGAUGUCGCAUUCUGGGCUUUCACCAUGGCCGGUAACUUGUUCCUGCUCGCCAUCUUCCGCGGCAUCCCCACACGCGUAGCAAGCCGAUUCACUAUGCUGAUUGACUUUGGACGCGCCGCGCUGUUCUUUUACAUCGUGCACAUGUUCUUCGUCUUUGGCUUUGGCGCUUUCUGGGUCUACAUGGUUGGCUAUGAUACAGGAAGGCCGAAGCCCAUGAACCCUGAUGUCACAGAUGGCAUCGAGAAUCCUUUUGCGUUCCUCGGCAUUUGGGCGCUGGCCAUGUUGAUGAUGUGGCCUGUUGUGAGGUGGUACGGUCGCUUCAAGGCAACCAAGACUGCUGACUCCCUUUGGAGGCUCUUUUAA